GGGUUUGCUGUAUCAUCUUUUGUGUCUGCCUGCAUCUCUCCUUGUGAUUCCCAUCUGCCCUUAAAGUUCACGUCUCACGUUGCAUCUAUUCAGUAUAGGAAGUUCUCUGUUCACAUGGCUGUCCCUCUCAUGCUGUGACAUGGUUUUCUCAAAGACUGGAAUAAUUUUUCUUCCAGUAUGCAAAACUGAGUUUUUUCAAGGAAGUUACUGAGAGACCUAAAGGAAACUAGCUGAGCUUCAAGUCCUCACAGGGUGCUGGCAUCUGUCGCCACCAAGGACAGGAGAGGAGACAAGACCAUGUGGCAGUUCUCUGCUCUGCUCCUAUUCUUCCUCCAAGGUGUCUGCACUGCUCAGGAGGUCACAGGUCCAGCGGAGGUGAGUGGUCAGGAGCAGGGAACCUUGACAGUGCAGUGCAAGUAUACUUCACGCUGGAAGGAUUACAGUAAAUUCUGGUGCCGAGUAGCUGGUUGGAAUAUGUGUGAGUUUCUGGUUGAAACUGAUAAAUCAGAGCAGUUGAUAAAGAAGAACCGUGUGUCCAUCAGGGACGACCAGACACACUUCAUCUUCAUGGUGACCAUGGAGGAUCUGAGGAUGAGCGAUGCUGGCAUUUACCAGUGUGGAAUUACAAAAGCUGGAUAUGAUCACAUGUUUAAAGUUUAUGUGAACAUUGACCCAGCCCCAGAAAGAUCAACUACAAUAACAACAAUCAUACCCAGAGUUCUGACAUCUACACCACCAACCAUGGAGAACACUGCCAAGGAACAAAUGAUUCAGAGUAGUCCCCACACCAGGUCCCUGCUGAGCAGCAUCUACUUCUUGCUGAUGGCAUUUGUGGAGUUACCCCUGCUCCUGAGCAUGCUCAGUGCUGUCCUCUGGGUGAACAGGCCUCAGAGAUGCUAUGGGGGAGGUGACAUUGGCCUGGUGAAGACCUGUGGUUCUGAUGCCCAGGACAGAGAGAAAGACUUCCCAGGAGAUAGAAAAUAAUCUCUGUCUCUCUGUCUCUGUCUCUAUCUCCCACAUGUGUGUGUGUGUUUGUGUGUGUGUGUAUGUAAGUUGUGGGGGCAGAUGUGUAUUGGAGGACAUCUUCAGGUGUCAUGCCAUCAUUGUUUGAGACAGGGUUACUCACUGACCUGGACCUUUGCAAGUAGGCCAGGGAGCUGGCCAGAGAACUCCAGGGAUCUACCUGCCUCCAUCCCCCAUUCUGCCAUUGUAAGCACACACAACUGCACUCACUUAAAAAGAAUCAAACAAACACUCUAGAUUAUAGGGUUUGAACUCAUGUCCUUGUACUUGCAAGGAAGGCAAGGGCUUUACCAGCAGAGCCAUCUCCACAGUCUGGAAAAGACUUGUUCUAAUAAGGAAAGACUGGACAGCAGUACCAUGGUUCUGAGGUACUGUGGGCCCAGCCUCAGACUAAUCCCUCUCCUAUAGCAGGGACAACUGAGUUCUGGAACCCAUUCACGUCCCCCUCUCUCAGAAUGCCCCACAGUGCCUACCUGGGUCUAUCUUCCAUUGAUGGCCUCCAGGGAAAUAGAAAAUACAAGAAAAGGUCAUGUUUCUUCCUAGGGCCCCAGUUCCUUAGAGGACAUAUGAUAAUACAAGUCUGUGGGCCACCAGCAAGGUGACUGACCAAAUAUAUGGGAAAUGUGGCCUCACCAAGUAGCAUAAAAGUUUGCCACUCUCACACUGGAUGUCUGUCCCUUACAGAUGGGACACACCUAGCUUUCAUUUUUGUCAACACAACCUAGUAACUAAGCCCAUUGCCAACACGGAUGGAGCAGUUGACCCUGUCUCUGUGCCACCUGCACAGGUCCCCAUGUCAUAGCUUAGUCUUGGUCCUUGAAGUCUAGAUUCCCUGCUCAUUGAGACCAAAUGGGGAGCUAAGCUGCAGGAAGGAAGAUGGCCUCUCAGGAGUCACAAACCCACAUCACCACACAACCCUUCCAGGGACAGUCUCUGCAUCCAGUCAUUCCACUCUCUUCCUUUCGAUCAGAACCAUAUAUUGAAUAGACAUCUAAGUAUUAAACACCCUACACAUACAAGCUCAAAAAUGAGAAAGACCCAAUUACAGUCCACUCAGGAGUCACGAACCCACAUCACCCCAUGACCCGUCUCUGCACCUGGUCAUUCCACUCUCUCCCUUUCAAUCAGAACCAUCUACUGGAUGUCUUAAGUAUUAGACACCCUCCACAUAUCAUCUUGAAAAUAAGAAAGACCCAAUUAAAGUCCACAGAGGAAGCCAAAGGAUUCAAGGGUAAACGCUCAGGGGGAAAACAGCUGUUUCCAGCUGGCCAGCCUCAGUCAUGUUGAGUUCUGCACCAGGACACAGCCUUCUCCUCCAGUGGAGCUCUGACACUCACACCUAACAUAGGUGUUCUUCCACUUUAUGUAAGAAGAGUCCCUAGGUUAACAUAUUCUCCCUGAUGACAUGUGUUGGGCUCUAGUGAACCUGCCUCUGUAGAGAAGAUGAUUUUCAUUUGCUUCUGGGGUGUAUCUGGUGGUCAGCUGCCCACAUUCUCACUGUUUCUCAAACAAGCAAUCCCAGUUAAACUCAGUGGGACACACACACACAUACACACACACACACACACCAUAUAAGCAGGAGAGGGGUUCAUUAGAGCCUGUAGGCCAGACAGAGAAGGAGCAUGCCUUUAAUCCCAGUACUAAGGAGGCAGCAGGGGCAGGUGGAUUUCUGAGUUCAAGGCCAGCCUGGUUUAUAAAGUGAGUUCCAGGACAGAGAAACCCUUUAAGUUCCAGAACAACCAGGGCUACAUGAAAAAACCCUGUCUUGGGGGAAAAAAGAAAAAAAAAGGAAAUACAAAGACGCAAAAAUGGAAGGAAGAAAAGAGGGAAGUAGGGACGGGAAUGAAAACAAGAAAGGGUAAUAGUAAAAAUGACUCAAAUUCAUUAUAUAUUCCCUUGGAGCUGUAUGAAAAUUUUAAAAAAAUAAAAUAAAAAUUUAAAGAGGAAAUGUUAUUCUCUCUGCAGCCCUGCUUUCUUCUUUCAGGGGUGGGUUCUGUAAGCUCAACACACACACACACACACACACACACACACACACACACAUUAUAUUUACUUUCCCUUCUGCAAGCAGCCCUGGGGUUAGCUCUGCCCUUUCUGCUUUAAGUGGAUUAGUUGCUUGCACAGCUUCUCUUUUUCCUAUUACUCAACUUACCGCCUUGUUGGCGACCUUCAUCCUGAUACGGCUUUGCUAUUCUUUGCUGGCACUGCAAUCUUCCUCAUCCUGUGCUGUGAUUGUCCCUGGCUGGAGCCCUUGAAAAUCUGCCUUGGCAGUGGAGAUUUCAAGAACUCUCUAUCAUUUGCUAGUGAUAUGAAGAUAGAUAUUUUUUCUGAGACUUUUGGGAUAAAUGUUCCUGAGCUAAAAUGUGAGGCAGACACACUCCUAUCUACAUCAGACAACCCUGCUCUCACACCAAACAGAUUUGGAAGAAAACAGAAAUCUCAGUUCCUGAUUCCUUCUCCUUUGCCUCCAACAACUUGCUUCUAGUUGCCCCAUGCUACACAGAUAAUGGUAGCUGAAGUCUGAGAGCCCAAGUCUAGCAUGACUCCUCUGUCCCACAUCUGUAUCAGCUUGGUUCUGUCCUCUACACAUCUGUAUUUUGAUGGGUCUGUUCUGCAAUUGUCCAUUCUAUGAGGACACCAUCCAAAUCUCCAUCAUAACAAUUUAGCACAGACACCAUAAUAUGAACAAUUUCCUCUCUGAGGGCUCUUCCACCUACAAAGAGCAGGAUCUCCAGACUCAGGAAAGGUAGUCCAUGUCCUACCUGACUAUCCUCAGAGUCUUGUCCUUAUGAAAAGAAAGUGUGUGUGUGUGUGUGCGUGUGUGUACGCUAAUGGUGUAUUGGCAUGCAUGGGAAGGUGUGCAGUGAGAACAUGCCAUGGCAGAGGUUUGGAAGUCAGAGAACAAUUUUAUUAAAUCAAUCCUCUUCUUCAACCGGUACUGGGGUUUCAAGGGUAAAUGGGAGGGUGCUAUGCUUCUGUCUACUCAAGGAGUCAUCCCACCACUGACUUAUCCUUCUAGGUCUUCCCUCUACAUUUUUUAAAGUCCUUCAGCUUCUUCCCAAUUUCAAGACUUAAGAUAAACUAGAUCAGGGCUCAGAAAGAUGUCAACUGAACAGUUGGUGCCAAGUGUGGGGGAGGGAGGAAGGAAGCCGAGAUUCUGGAGGAGGAAGGAAGGACAGAAGCAGAGAUUCUGCAGCUGAACCUCCAAGACUGCAGCCAUGAGACUCCCAGGUGACCAUGGGAUGAACUUAUUUUUUUGUAAUUAAAAUGUGUUAUUGUGUA